AUGUCAAAAGAUAAAUACCAGAAGCAUGGAGAUGCUAUAUUUGCUAAACUAGAAAAAGUGAAUUCGGAGUUGUUGUCUCUAACAUAUGGGGCGUUAGUGAGUCAACUACUAAAAGACUUGGAACUAGUAGAUGAAGUUAAUGAGCAACUAGAGAAAAUGGGUUACAAUAUAGGAAUAAGGUUAGUUGAAGAAUUUCUUGCCAAGUCGGACAUCUCGUUUUGCGAAGAUUUCGAAGAGACUGUGGAGGUUAUAGCAAAGGUGGCCUUUAAAAUGUUCUUGGGAAUAAGCGGGACUGUUACAUGCAUAAAUAAGGAGACGAAUAUUUAUUCCAUAAUUUUUGAUAGUAACCCCUUAAGUGACUUUGUCGAAUUGCCUAAGUCACUUUCCUCCUUAAACUACUGCAGCUUAUUAUGUGGAGUUAUAAGGGGCGCAUUAGAGCAGGUGAAUACUACUGCUAUCAGAAUCAAAGUGCGAUGUUACUUUGUUAAGGAUAUGCUAAAAGGAGAUGACUACUAUGAAAUUUACAUCGAACUGCAAGAGGUUAUGAAAGAAGAAAUUUUAAAUGAUGAGGAAUCGUAA